UAACGAUCGAACGACAGGUGAUAUCUCAUUUAGACAACCCUCGCUUCCACUCGAUUCUCACAAGUUCAAAUCGCUUCUUACCACUCAUAGGACCCUCACAAGCCGCGGUCAUUGGAGAAAUUUGAAUGUCAUAGGUUGGAGGCAUCUACCUCCCACGGCUCUCUAACUACAUUUUUGCGGCUGUUCUUACCAACGUACUGCCUACCCAUAUUCCACAAAUGGCCGAUGAUACCAGACAGCCCGAAACAACCCAAAAUGCGGCACAACCACCCCCCAAGGGACCCGCGAAUAUAAUGCCAGGCGGGAUGACGCAUACCGCCGGAGGGAAAGCUGCUGAAGCCGCGCAAGACCUUACGUACUUUCAGGCUAUCAAGCAAUUGGGGCCUGGGUAUUAUCUCAAUUUCCACAAACGACCUUGUGUCAGAGACAGUCAAUUGACAGGAAUUGGAGCUGGAUUUAUUGGCGGCAGUCUGGCGGGCAUUCUUCGAAGACCUCUGAUGCAAUGUUGCAAUAUAGCAGUCUACAGUUGGCUCGGCUUUUCUUGUGCCUCAUACCAAUACUGCCAAUACCAGCGCAGCAAGGAGAGAGAUGGAAUGAGGCAAGCGCGCGAGCUCAUGGAAGCAAAGCGAGCAAAUAUUGAGGCGAAACGCGCGGCGCGGAGGAAAGCACGAGAAGAGCAAGACAGAAUAGAAGAACUACAGAGGCAUGAAGAAAUCAGGAAGAGGUCGUGGGGCUAUUGGAUAAACAAGAACAUAAGAUUUUGGUAGAAGCGUUGACUUACCAUUGGGUAUCAUUGGCGGUACGGCAGGAACAAAAAGAGAGAUAUGUACAAAAUGCUGUAUAAAAAAAGGGUACUAUACGACCAUAUCGCAUUCGGGAUGACAAUCCAGCAAUUUGAUGAACGGGAAGUGCAGAUUGAUGGGCAAAGCUCCCUCAAGAGGUCCAAAUGUGCACUAGCACCGCUCGAUCAUGAAGCCCUCAUAAAUUCGUAACAUCGUACAGUAGGAACAUGAAAAACGUG